AUGAAUUUGAUCAAGAAAAAAUUACAGACACUUCCAAAAGAUUACAGAGCCAAAAUAAUGCUUAGACUCUAUGCUGGUGUUGCUAAACCAAGUCCUAAAAUGGGUCAAUCAUUGGGUCCUUUGGGAAUCAAUAUGAUGCAAUUUUGCAAGGAAUUCAAUGCUGCAAGUUAAGCCUUUAGACCAGAUGUUCCACUAAGAGUUUAGGUUAUUGCCUUUCCAGAUAGAACAUUCAAAUUCCUUAUCAAACCACCUGAAACUACUUGGUUUCUUAGAAAGGCCACUGGUAUGAUUGAAUCUAAUAAUCUUACUCGUAGGUACUGAUAAAUUCACAAAUUUCCCUGGUUAUAUAUGGUAUGAUACCAUCUCUUUGUAAUAAGUUUAUGAAAUAGGUAAUAUAUAUAUAUAAUUAUGUAUUCAAUUAGCCAAAGUGAAACAAGAAAUGGAUCCCCACUUAAAACAUGUCUCACUUCCUGCUAUCUGUAGAAUGAUCAUUGGAUAAUUGGCAUCUUUGGGAUGCAAUUUAUCUACCUAGUAUUUUAAGCCAGAAACAGUUGUUAGACCAGAAAUAAAGAGUUGAU